AUGUCUGACACCGUAGGGACUCCCCGGAUGUUCAAACCUUGUGAAUGGCUAUGUUCAAAUAGAACUCACUAUGGUAAGGCUGAUGCCGUCCGAGAGUCAGCCCGCAAUGUGGCUCUUGAAAACAAUGUGCUGAUGAAGGAAAUAAAGGAACGUACCCUUAAAACCAUGCAAGAUGUUGAUGAGAAACUAGAUCAGAGGAUAAUUGACACAUCAUUUUGGAUGAGUGAACUAACAAAGAAACUUAAGGACAAUGCAAGUGAAACGGACAAACUGAAUUCUUGCAUUGUUCGAUUAAAGAAAGCGCUAGAAGCCACGACGGAGCCUCUGUAUCUCUCUGAAAAGUGCAUUACCAUAAGACAAGAUAGGAAGGGAUUCGACCUCGUAGCUGACAAUGCACACAAUGAACUAGUGAAAGAGAUUACUGUGCUAAAUGGGAUACGCGCAUUGCUGACUCGUGGGAUUGAACAAGCAGAAGAACAGCUAAGAGGAAGCGAUAGACUCAACCGGAGAUCUGCAUUUAAUUUGAAGUUAGAUUUCUGCGGAAAGGAAGCAGCUAAGAAUCAAGAUGAGUAUGCAAAAACAGUUUCAUCCUUUGACUAUAUCCCGGAGGUCAAUAAGUGCCAUCCGAAUUCGCUUUCUACAGAUGAAUGGCUUCUUUACUUAAAGAAAAAUAUUGAGGAGGCAGACCGGCAAAUACGGAAUUCACGUCAGACACGUAGCCUCGUUGAGAGUGUUUUGGAACAAGUAUUUGAGGAUCAAAAAGACCAAGUCGAGGCGACGAACCAGGCCAUCCGAACUCGAAUUGACGAAACUCGUGACGCCAAACGCAAGUUGGAAGAACAUCUUUCCUUGAUAUUCAAAGAGACAUCGGACAUGGAGGAAAACAUUCGCAAUAUUGAAAAGCUGAUCUGUGACACUCUGAAAUCUGCACAAAUAACAGAGACAAAAAAGAACAUAAGAGACUGCAGACCGUCGAAUGAGCUUUGCAGAGAUCCACCCCACUACAGAAUUAUCGAACAAACUAAAGAACUAAAGGCAGACAUCUCGACUCUCCAACAAAUGCUUCAUGAUGCAGAAGAAGAGCUAAAGGCACUUCGAAGAAGGCAACUCGACCUUGAGGAAGAAAUACAGAACAAGUCACACUCACUGCACAUUGAAGAGGUUCAAGUUUUGGAAAUAAGAUCAAGCAUAUUGGUCAAAAAGUUCUAA